AUGGUGAAUGUUAUGAAAGGUGUUCUUGUUGAAUGUGAUCCGGCUAUGAAACAGUUCCUUCUUCACCUGGAUGAGACCCUAGCACUUGGUAGAAAAUUUAUCCUCCAAGACCUGGACGAAACACAUCUCUUUAUAUCUGCAGACAUUGUAGAAACACUGCAAGGUCGGGUGGACGAUUUGAUGGACCAACUUAGCAUACCAGUACAUGAAAAAGGAUUGUGAGAAUGGCGGGGGUACGAGGCAGAGAGACGGACAGAAGGAAGGUUCUAGACGAUGCCGCCAGAAAGCGUAGAGCUAGGAAAGCGGUUGAGGCUCUUGAACAAGACAAUUUCCAUGAAGACCCACAUGCAGAUCUGGUUAUGUCGAAGAAGGUGCCGAAAUUCGCCGAAUCAAACGAAAAA